CUCUCUCUCUCUCUCGUCCGUUCGAAGAGUGGAAAACACUUGGGAUUCGAAGAACAGAGCAUCGCCUUCUACCUUUUCCCUGUUUCUUCUCUUUGUCCUCUCAAGUUUCCAAUUUUUUCCCAAACCAACUUUAAUCCCAUUCCCUAAAUCAGGUAUUCCCCUCAAAUCCCUAGUUUCCUCAAAUGGUGAGCUUUGUAGAGGAGAAUCAGAGAAUGGCGACCCAAAACGUCGUCGUAUCCGAGUCCAAGUCAGGGAUCAUCGCCAUGGCCGUCUCCAACUCUGCCGUCUUCACUCCCUCCGCUCAGAAACCUCCGACGGCACCUGGGUACAUCUCGAUUUCCAGGAAGAAGCUCCUCAAGAACCUCGACAUCAAUGGCGGCCACAGAAUCAACGCCUGGGUCGACUCCAUGCGCGCUUCUUCCCCCACCCACCUCAAGUCAGUGCCUUCUCUUUCCGCCGACGAACGAAACUCUUGGAUCAUGCAACAUCCUUCGGCACUGGACAUGUUCGAGCAGAUCAUCGAAGCUUCGAGAGGGAAACAGAUCGUCAUGUUCUUGGACUACGACGGCACGCUUUCUCCCAUCGUCGAGGAUCCCGAUCGAGCUUUCAUGUCGAGCAAGAUGAGAAGAACUGUAAGAAAGGUGGCAAAAUGUUUCCCGACAGCUAUAGUGAGUGGAAGAUGCCGAGACAAGGUGUAUAGCUUCGUGAAGCUUGCAGAGUUAUAUUACGCAGGCAGUCAUGGCAUGGACAUCAAGGGUCCGACGAAAGGCUUCUCCAAAUACAAGAAGGACAAACAAUCGGUUCUUUUCCAACCGGCGAGCGAGUUUCUUCCCUUGAUCGAUGAGGUUUAUAAACAACUUGUGGAGAACACGAAAUCGGUCCCUGGAGCCAAGGUGGAAAACAACAGAUUUUGCGUCUCUGUUCACUUCCGGUGUGUCGAUGAGCAGAAAUGGAGCGAGUUGGCUCAACGGGUUCGGUCGGUUCUCAAGGAAUACCCACAGUUGAGGCUGACCCAAGGUCGAAAAGUGUUAGAAAUCCGUCCGACAAUCAAGUGGGACAAAGGGAAGGCCCUUGAGUUCUUGUUGGAGUCACUUGGAUUCGGAAAUUGUAACAAUGUUUUUCCGGUUUAUAUCGGCGACGAUCGAACGGAUGAAGACGCGUUUAAGAUGCUAAGAGAGAGAGGUCAAGGCUUUGGCAUUCUUGUCUCCAAGUUCCCCAAGGACACCAACGCAUCGUAUUCUUUGCAAGAACCGGCCGAGGUGAUGGAUUUUUUGAGACGGUUGGUGGACUGGAAACAAAUGCAUCCAAGAAUGUGAGAGCGAUCGAUUAAUAACUACUAGUAGUAGACCUUUCAAAAUAAAUAUGUCAACGUUAUAUAUAUAUAUAUAUAUAUAUAUAUAUAUAUAUAUAUGAAUAUGUAUGUAUCUAACCUUGCACGCAAUGUUGUAAAGGAUAUAUAAUAUAGGGCAAGCUCUUAACAUGCCCGGCAAUGUUCUUGUUCAUCGUAUUUUUUUGGGUAAAAGAAAAGAUGAACAAUAUCGAAAAUAUAUGGCGAGUUUUAUUUUA